GGUAGGCUACAGUCCAUGGGGUCGCAAAGAGUCGGACUCGACUGAGCUACUUCACUUUCACUUUAUGAAAGAACACGUUUCAGUGCAGUUAGGAGACAGAAUGGUCUAGGGAAAUUCAACGACAAAAUGGUUAAUGAAAAAUGACUCAGGCCUACCCCCACCCCCCCACAACAUCUCUGACAAACAAGUGAAUGUCCUUAAUUCAUCACUGAAACACUUUGAGCAUCCCAGAAACUUCUGUGUUAAGAAACCAAAACUGGUGGCUCACCAGGAUCCAAACCUGCUUCAGGGAGAUGGUGAGAUUUCCCCAGGUGGAAAGGAUGAGAAGAGAAAAUUCUAAGUUUCUGAAAUGUAGGCAACGGUAACCCACUCCAGUAUUUAUGCCUGGAAAGUUCCAGGGACAGAAGGUGUUGAGCCUGGCGGGUUACAUCCAUGGAGUCUCACAGAGUCGACGCGACUGCGCACGCUGCACACCGUACGCAGGCACGCCAGGGUGUGUUUAGGACCUAAAGAGGAAACUGUCUGUCUCUCCAUCCCAACUUCCCCUCUAGGUAGGAAAACGUUCUAAAUCCUGGGUGUGGUUCCCCAUCAGAGGGUGAAGCUUCUCUUGAGGCUGUUUCCCAGUCUCUUGGGAGGGGAUCCAGGUUAAGUCUGGGAACCCUGCCACAGCCACUGGAACAAGAGCGAGGAGCCUGGGUUUCUCUGAGGACCUCUCGUCUUCAAGAUUUCUAGAAGCCAAAACGUCAGUCCUUUCUCGGGUUUAGGCAAAAAAACGAGGCUGCGGGUCCCACAGCUUAGCAUCUGGCGGCAUCUGGGAGCGGGCGCAGCGCGCCUAGGACCACCUGAGCCUCACUAGCAUGGUCCCUUCGAGGAUGGCUCCCAAGCCGGCCGCAGAGGAGCAAGAACAGCGGGGUGUGUGUUGGGGGGGCGGUGCUCGACGGCCGCGUCCCAGCAAACCUUUCCCCCUCCUCGAGGGCCUGGGGCCGCCUUGCGCAGCCAGCCCGCACCUGCCGCACUCCGCGCGCAGGCCCCCCAGGUCCUUGCCGGGCCGCGCCCCUUCUCAGGCCCGCCCUCCGCGCAGGCCUGGUCCCGGCCGCCGCGGACCUCGCCCAGUCUUCGGCUCCGACUCCUGGUCCAAGGCCGGGAAGGCCGAGCAGCACAGUUUUCCUCUCCUUCCACCGCAAGCAGUUACUGGCGGCGCGACUACACUCUCCGAAGCUUCCUCGUCCGCAGGUGCGCGCGCUAACCCGCAGUCCGACCCUCUCUCGUGGGCCAGCAGGAGGCGCGCUGUUCGCUGUCUCUGGCCACUGGAUGGGGAACUGAUGGGAGAGGAGACCAAGAAGACAGCUGCAGAGUGUGAUGCAACCUGGACUAGGAAAGGGGCAGUAAGGAGGGAGAAGUGGAGACGAGGUCAGACCUUCAGGAUGCAGAGCCUACAGGACUUCACGUGGGUUCCGGCCGAACUCUUAAACUCUUCGGAUGACCUCCAGGGCAUUGAAAAUCUGUCCCUGGUUUGUCUUUGCUCCUGUCUCCACUAGUCGCCCCUACCGCAACCAUCCAGGGACCUCGAUGCUUCCCAGGGACAUACAUUCUGACACCACAGAGCCUGUGCUCACUUCCCCUUUGCCUAGACUGCCUUUUCCCCUGCUUCCCCCACACUUUAAAGGCCAGCUCAGAAGUCACACUUGCCCGUUCCCUAUUGUCCAAGCACUCAUAAAGCCCUCUGUGAACUCAUUUGGGCUCUCACAUACCCAACUGUGGCUUGUUCCUAUUCCUAAAUACCCAGCACAACAACGUGAAAUUUGCACAAUCAAUGAAUAUUGUUUUUUCGCGGGGGGAGUGGGGGUUGCUAUUCGCAGGAUUUGUGGGGUCUCAAAUGCCGACCAGGGAUUGAACCUGGGUUGUAGCAGUGAAAGUCUGGAAUGCUAACCACUAGGCCACCACGGAACUCCCUCAAUGAAUACUUUUGAAAAGGGUAUGACUGCAGGUCAUAUAUUCUGAGACUUUAUGAACACUGCGGUAAAAAUGGAUGUUAAUGCAAUGAACUUGAGAGCUAUCCAGUAUGCUCAUCUGACAUUCCCCCUCAACUUCUUCCACCAUCCAUUCUACCCUAGGGAUUGAAAGAUAUCUCAACAAAUGCUAAUUUGUAAAUAACAAAAAUGUUAAUAAAAUAUAAAACUGUAUUUACAAUGUAACUUACCUAUUUUAAAGAUACAUGUAAUAUA